GUUAAAAAAGAAUACACUCCACGGGUGUCAUGCAUGUUGGAGUCACGCGUAUCCCGUUUACCGUUCACAUUAUCCUGGGUCUUGUAGUUCUUCAGGCUCCCUAAUGUGUUGAAUAUGAACAGCUGAAAACUACAAAAUGUUUCGGUUUGGCGCAGCCGCAGUAUGUUCGAUGGGGUAGGGAACGCGCAAAGAUUCCUGCAGUUGUCGACGGAAACGUGAGGAGAUCAACGCUAUCUCGGAAAGAAUUGGGAUUUCAAAAUGGCAGAAAGGGUGAAUAACUUUCCUCCCCUGCCUCAGUUCAUGAGAAUAAAGCCAUGCUUUUAUCACAACAUUGAAGAGGAAAUUCCCGCACCCCACCAGCAGUUGGUUCGCAGAGUCUACACACUUUGGAUGAUGUAUUCAGGGACACUGUGCAUUAAUGUGAUCUCAUGUAUUGCUUGGUGGGCUGGGGGUGGAAAUGCCAUAAACUUCGGCUUUUCCCUACUCUGGCUCAUCCUCUUCAGCCCGUGCAGUUACACCUGCUGGUUCAGACCACUCUACAAAGCCUUCAGGGCUGACAGCUCAUUCAACUUCAUGGCCUUCUUCUUCAUCUUCUUCCUUCAGUGUGUCUUGGCCCUCAUCCAGACUAUAGGCAUCUCUGGUUGGGGAACAUGUGGCUGGAUUGCAACAGUGAUGUUUUUCAGCACGAAUGUGGGCUCCGCUAUAGUGAUGCUUAUCACAACUCUACUCUUCACUGUGGUGACUGCUUUAAUGGCACUGGUUCUCAUUAAGGUGCACAGAAUGUACCGCGGUGGCGGCGGUAGUUUGGAGCGUGCUCAGGAAGAGUGGAGCACUGGUUUGUGGAAGAGCGCACCAGUGAGGGAAGCAGGGUUCAACACUGUUGCUCAGACAGCCCAAGGCCCGAGCUUGCCCCAGUACCCGGCCGCAGUGCCCAGCUAUCCCGACAACAGUCACUGGUGAUAGCGCAGAGUCGCCUCUAGAUGGAGACAGAUAGCUGGUCGUUCCUUUGGUGUACAAGAACACACUUCAAAAGAACAUCAUCUCUCCCUCACAUCACAAAAUGCAUAGACAUGUUUUUUUAAUGAGAGGAUAGGAUUGCUAUUUGAAAAAAGGUUACUACACUUGUAGUAGAGGGUUAUCUUCACACUAUGCCAUUCCAUUUCAACAUUUGUUUACAUAUAGUUUAUCAAACUGCAUAAGAGAGAGAACUACAAUUUUGAUGCUCUUAAGUUUUGCGACUAUGCAAUUGGAAACGCGAAGAGAGUGAACUGUUUCAGGAUAGCAGAAUGUG